UCCCAUCCUCCUCUUCUACUCCAGUCGCUCGCCACUUAUACCAAGCUCUUGCCCCGCCGGAGUUCGGUCAAGCUGAUACCGAUCCCUUUGGAGCUUUCUUUGAUAGCAUUGAAUCUAGCAUCAUGGAAAAGAUGAAGCAUUCAAAAGUUGGCCGUCUAGUUGACAAGAUCGCUGUUGAGAGUGAGCCUGGAUUGACGUCCCGUCAACUGAUGCUACACAACCAUGACUUGAAGCCAGUUGAGCCUGAGAGAAGACAGUGGGGUGCCUGGAACUUCGUUGGUUUCUGGAUUGCUGACUCCUUCAACAUUAACACAUGGAUGAUCUCCUCCUCGAAUCUCGUCGAUGGCAUGUCCUGGUGGCAAUCAUGGCUCUGUGUUUGGAUUGGCUAUCAGAUCGCUGCCGGCUUCGUCGUACUGACUGGACGUAUUGGUGCCCAGUACCACAUCUCUUUCCCCGUCGUCUCACGUUCCUCAUUCGGCAUAUGGGGUGCCUUAUGGCCUGUCUUCAACCGUGCGGCCAUGGCAUGUAUCUGGUAUGGUGUGCAGGCAUGGAUUGGAGGAAACUGUGUGCAGCUGAUGAUCCGCGCCAUCUGGAAUAACUGGCGUGAGGGCAACGGGAUUGGCUCUGACAACCUCUCCGGCACCUCCACUGUCAUGUUCGUCUCCUUCCUCUUCUUCUGGAUAGGCUCUCUGCCCGCCAUCUGGUUCCCCGUCCACAAGAUUCGCCAUCUCUUCACUGCGAAAGCAUUCUUCGUGCCUACUGCCGGUAUUGCCUUCUUCAUUUGGGCUAUUGUUCGUGCCCACGGCAUUGGCCCAAUCGUCCACCAACCCGCCACGAUCUCUGGCAACACCUUAGGCUGGGCUAUGGUCAAAGGCAUAAUGUCCUCUAUUGCCAAUUUCGCAACUCUCAUCGUCAACGAUCCUGAUUUUGCCCGUUUCGCCCGCAAGCCACGGGACGCGCUCUGGUCACAACUCUUCACCAUUCCAAUCGGCUUCGCCAUCACCUCCUUUAUUGGCAUCAUCGUGUCGUCCUCAUCCACCGUGAUCUUCGGCGGUGAGGCAAUUUGGAACCCACUCGAUCUCCUCAAAGCCUUCCUCGAUGAGCCCAACGCCGGCUCCGGCCAGCGCUUCGGGGUCUUCAUCAUCGCCGCUGCCUUCACUCUCGCCCAGCUGGGCACCAACAUCGCCGCAAAUUCCGUCUCCGCAGGCACAGACAUGACCGCCCUGCUACCGCGCUACAUCAACAUUCGCCGCGGCGGCUACGUGUGCGCGCUCGUGGGCCUGGUAAUGUGCCCAUGGAAUCUACUAUCCAGCAGCAACAACUUCACCACUUACCUCUCCGCCUACUCCGUCUUCCUCUCCUCCAUCGCCGGUGUCAUCAUCGCAGACUACUAUCUCGUGCGUAAAGGCUACCUAGACGUGCGCGCCCUCUACUCCGCCCGCCGCUCCGGCCCUUACUACUUCACGUCUGGCGUACACUGGCGCGGCUACGUCGCGUACAUUGCGGGCAUCCUGCCCAACAUCGUCGGCUUCGUCGGCGCAAUCUACGGCGCACAGAAGAAUGGCAAGACCGUGCCUGCGGGCGCAAUGUACAUCUACAACCUCAACUUCUUCGCUGGGUUCAUUGUUGCGGCCGGAGUGUAUUGGGGCUUGUGCACGGUCAGCCCGGUGCCGGCGUGUGCGGACAGCUGGAUGGAGGUUGGAGAUGAGGUGCGUAACUUGAGUGUUGCCGAUGGCGCGGAUGCGGAAAGUGAAGAAUUUGAUGGGAGACUCGAUGUGGAGAGUGUGGCAGGCAAGGGCAAGGGUGGUGUUAAGUACUAGUGUCGAAAGUUUGUUUUGUUUUGGACAAGACGAGGGAUCAGGGGACCUGUUUACGAAAUUCAAUGGCAUCACGAAGUUCCGAAUUCUGCCAAAUAAGAGUGCUAUGACGAUGCACAGCUUCCUGUCCCUGUGUGUGGAGUUGGGCUGCGUUGAUGGACCCUUAAAAUAUCGCUUUUAAGGGAAGAAGCAGUG